UUGCUUGGGGGGAGACACGUGAGGAGGCGACGGCGUGAGGCAACCAUGGCGGGAGGAAUGAAAGUGGCGGUCACGCCGGCAGUUGGUCCCGGGUCCUGGGGCUGGGGAGCCGGGGGCAGUGGGGCAGUACGGCUGCUCUUGGUCCUCUCCGGCUGCUUUUUCUGCGGCUCAGCUGGAAUUGAUGUAAAUGUGGUCAUGCUUCAGGAAUCCCAAGUUUGUGACAGAAGUACCAGCCAACAAUUUUGUUAUACAAAUGUUCUUAUCCCAAAAUGGCAUGAUGUAUGGACGCGGAUACAGAUCCGGGUAAAUAGUUCCAAAUUGGUUCGAGUCACUCAGGUGGAGAAUGAGGAGAAACUGAAGGAGCUAGAGCAGUUUAGUAUCUGGAACUUUUUUUCCUCCUUUUUAAAAGAGAAAUUGAAUGACACCUAUGUUAACGUGGGUCUGUACAGCACAAAAACCUGCCUCAAAGUUGAGAUUAUAGAGAAGGACACCAAGUACAGUGUCAUUGUGAUCCGGAGAUUUGACUCCAAACUCUUCCUUGUUUUUCUCCUUGGACUUAUGCUGUUUUUUUGUGGAGACUUGCUGAGCAGAAGUCAGAUUUUCUACUAUUCCACUGGGAUGAGUGUGGGAAUUGUGGCAUCUCUACUAAUCAUCAUUUUUAUGCUAUCUAAGUUUAUGCCUAAGAAAAGUCCCAUUUACGUCAUCCUGGUAGGAGGCUGGUCUUUUUCUCUGUACCUCAUUCAACUAGUUUUUAAAAAUUUACAAGAGAUCUGGAGGUGUUACUGGCAGUAUCUUUUAAGCUACGUCCUCACAGUUGGAUUCAUGAGUUUUGCGGUGUGUUACAAGUAUGGGCCCUUGGAGAAUGAACGAAGUAUCAACCUGCUGACCUGGACCUUGCAGCUGAUAGGCCUAUGUUUCAUGUAUUCCGGCAUCCAGAUACCACACAUUGCCCUUGCCAUUAUCAUCAUUGCUCUGUGUACUAAGAACCUGGAGUACCCUAUUCAGUGGCUGUACAUCACCUACAGAAAGAUGUGUAAGGCAACAGAAAAGCCUGUUCCUCCUCGCCUCCUGACAGAAGAAGAAUAUCGAAUACAAGGAGAGGUAGAAACCCGAAAGGCUUUAGAGGAGCUCCGAGAAUUUUGUAAUAGCCCGGACUGCUCUGCUUGGAAGACUGUUUCUCGAAUCCAGUCUCCAAAAAGAUUUGCUGACUUUGUGGAAGGCUCUUCACACCUCACACCAAAUGAAGUUUCUGUCCAUGAGCAGGAGUAUGGAUUAGGGAGCAUUAUUGCCCAGGAUGAAAUCUAUGAGGAAACAUCCUCUGAGGAAGAAGACUCAUACUCCCGGUGCCCCACUAUCACACAAAACAACUUUUUGACUUAAGUGGUAGUCAGUUAUUUUUAUGUGGACUGGCUUGGUGCCUCAUUGGUUCAUAUUACAUGUGUUGUGCAAUUGCUUCGAACCCUUUGAAACAGAGUGCAGAAAUUCUCCCACUGAAAUGAGAGGCCUGAGUAGGCCUCCCUCUGGAAAUGGUCUUGGUUGUCUCUGGGAUCCCUGAGGAAGGAGAGUGAAUAAAGUAGUAAAUGCCCAUUGGUUAAUCCAUCAUCCCACAUUUAUGUUCCCAAAGUAAUUGGAUGGCCACAGCUAGCAUGGUAUUCCAGCUCCUCUUUGAAAGUUGAUUCAAUUGUGGUAUUUCUCUCAGGCUAGCACUGCAAAGUAAGAACUGUUAUAAAUGCAGUAAUACUUUCAGACUAUAGGCUGCCUCUUCCAGAGAGAAAUCCACAAAUCUGAGCCUCUUUCACUUCUGCUUUUAUUUUAUUGACUUUAGAAUAAUUUGAUUCUAAUGAUCAAAUUUAAUGAUUUAACUCUUUUUGGGAGGAAAAUUGAUUUUUGUUUGUCUUGGUUUUUUUUUUUAAUGAAUGUUUUUUAAAAAAUGUAACAAACUCAUGUUCCAGAACCAGCAAGUGCUCCAGAAUGACAAGCUCCCUAGGCCCCUAAACGCCAGGAACUAUUGUUUUGAACUUUGAAUUAGUUCACAUACAUAUGAUAUUUUAAGUCCUGCUUUUAGGAACAUGCCUGUAGACUCUUCUGUAGGUGAGGUAUCUUGGGCUUUUUAUUAUACUCAACUUUUAAUUCCAUCUUAAAAAUACAUUGUGUUCUUCCCUUCCCAUUCUUCCUGGCCCCCCUUUCCUUUUCAGGAAGGGUAUAUUUCCCUCACUUGUGAAGUAUAUACAAUUCAUAGUUUAUUUCAUUUCUUAUACCUCCUCUUUAGUUUAUAGCAUUAUUCCUGCUAGCUAGAAGUUAUCUUGUUUAGGGGAUGUUCAGAUGCUUUCUACAGGUUACAUUUUUUUCUGUCAUUGGGUCACGUAUCUUUGAGUUACUGUGGAAUCCAGAAACUAUCCUCUUUUCCUUUCCCUCCUCCUUUGUCUACCUGGUCUACUUAUUCCUUUCAGCCUUUCCUCACUACCUGCACUCCCCUAAAUCUAGCUAAUUUGUAAGCCCUGAAACUAUCUAUGAAAUUUUUUGGUGUGCAAUUUGUAGCUGUAUAGCCACCACAGUUUGCACUACCAGGAAAUAGACCUCCAGGUUAUCUUCAUGACUCUUGAUGCUCAUUCAGCCAUCAGGAUUAGACACAUUUUUCUAUGAAUUUAUACUUAUUUGCAAUUCCAUUUCUGAUCUGAGAUUUAUACUGCCUUUUAUUAUAGUGGCAUUAGUUUCAGAUUCUGUUGCCUUUGGAAAGUACCCUUAUAAACUAGCAGUGGUAUUUAUGCGGGAACCGAUUCCAUCAUUUGCUUGGUUCCUUCUUUGUGAUCUUCACCCCUAGUACCUUGGAAAAUGCUGUAAUUACUUUAGCCUGGAAGAUAGAUGCUCAUGGCAAGAGGAUAGCAUCAACUUUACUGGCUUACUUACCAUGAUCAUGGGAAAGGCAGAUGAUUUUUUUAAAAAGCUGUAAUGACUCCUUCAAACCAGCCAUUUAGCAGAUAAUUUUGAAAGGCCUUGGCUCCAUUUCUGACUUCGAAAGCGUCAGCUCUGAGAUUCCCUUCCAGGUUGAUUAUUUCCAUAGCCUUAGACUGUCCUAAAGCGACAACUACCUCGAUUGGCAGCAAAGAGACAUAUAGUGGAAAAUGAGCAGUAUUUUGUCAGAUAGUAUGGGUUAAAGUUGCAGGGUAAAAGGAACUUUAUAUUGGGAAACUGUUAGGCCUUUGUGAAUUAUGUACAUAGUAAAAUUUUAUCCUUCUACAAAGAACUAUUAAAACCUCUGAAAUAUACUUUUUAAAAACUUUAUUUAUAGAAACUGAGACCUAGCAUACUUGAGCAUAAAUUGAUUUGAAAAAAUAAUUUGGCUGUAUUAAUGGUCUCAGGAUUCUCUGGCGAUUUUGGUGCUUUUUCCAAAAUAGCUACGUAGGAAUGUGAUAGCUUGCCGUUAGGGUAACUUUUCCUGAUUCAUGUCUUUAUUUCAGUGAGAAAGCAUUGUGACGUAGGGAAAGAUUCUCCUCCUAUUUUGUUUAGUAAACUCCUGUGAAAUAGAGUUUCUGUUUCAAGAUCAGUUUUUUUUCACUGUGUUUGAAUUUGGGGUGAGUAAAAUCAAGCUCAGUAUAUUACUCCCUGUCUGGUAGUUGGAGACCAGAGAUGAAGGCAGCGGAGAUAACAAUUGAUCCUGCAGCAUGAGAAUUGCUCUCAGACAGUGAAGGACAGUGCUUCUUUGGUGUGCUGUGUGUCCUUGCCCUGCCUGCCUUGUGGCUCUGCCCAGAUGCUUCCGAGCCUCUGUGUGCCCGGAGAUUGCUUGACUUCAUAAACCUUUACGAGCUGCUCUUGUCUCCCUCUUGGCCACUUGGUCUGCUGGCUCAGUCACUACUUGAAGCCCCCAUUUAAUUUUCUCUGGCAGUUAUAGCUCUUGCAAUUUCAGCACAGUCUCAUCUCUCAGACCGAUCUCAUCAAGAAGGAUUAAAGGGAUAACUAUGGGGUGAGCUGGACAUUGGAGCCAUGUCUGCUGCCACUUCAGCAUCUUGCUUGGCAAAUAUCAAGCUGUAAGUGGCUCAGGGUCUCAUCAGCAUUGGAAAUCUGUCAUCUCUGAUCAGUCUGACCAAGUUGUGUAGAGCAUGACUCCCAUUACGGGGAAUACAAAAGGCAUCUGGUAUAAAACAUUUCCCUUUCACUUUCCCACUCAGAUUGUUUUCAUGGGACCAAAAGAACACAGUGACCAAAACCAAGGACAAUUUAGCAACUUUGAUACCUUCUAAUAAGGAAUUCCUGUCAGCCACUGCAUCCCACCAAAGCUAUUUUAUUUCUUUUCCCCAAAUUCAUGAUUUUUGUGGCUGUUACGAAGGGAAUUUUGCUGAUGCCAUUUUCUGCUUAUUCAUCCAUUCUAGGGCCCAGUCCUCUCUUCAUUGAUUAUUCCUUUUAACUCAAUCCCUGUUUGGCAUGUAUUAUAGAGGUUUGAUGAAUAAAAGGACCCAAAUAGGCCAGAUAGUUCCCUCCAGGCCCUGAUAUCCAUAAAAGGCCUGGGAAUGGGUUAUAUAAUUGUCCUCAAUCUUUUUGUUGUUUGAGGAAAGAAAGAUGGGCUUAGAUGGAUGCCUGCGUAAAAAUAGUUCCUAGCUGUGUACUCAUAACUUCUCUGAAUUGAGUAGUGAAAGUUGAAGUACAAGGAAAGGAAAUUAAAUGUCCUUCUAGUAUUCCUUUGGACUUAGGUCUGACAUAUGAGAUAAUAACCUGUAUUGAAGAGCCAGGAAUUUUAUCUGAACUCAGGAGAGGACAGUUUGACAGAUUUAUUUUGCCUUUAUGUUAUAUAGGCACUGAAACCAAGUAAUAAACAUACAAAAUAGCCAUUGCACAAAGCAAGUGCACCUAAACCUUUUGUUUCGUUUUUUAGGUAGCAGAAAUUGAUCAUUAUUUUUUUUAGGGGAACCUGUGUAAUUGUUGUGCCCCAGUGGUGUCUUUUGGUGACUUAGCUCAUAGAAACAGGUUGCUGUUGAGUGAUUCUAGAUGGUUACUACCUUGAAAAGUGUUUGGUGCCUUAUGUGACAGGAGCCAGAGCCUGCUGGGAAUAAACGAAGCAGAUUCAUGCCAUUAUAGAUUUGUAGCUUUAGGGGGGAUGGGAGUGGGUCACACAGACCCCCUAAUGUGGGCUUUGGAUUUUCACACCACCCACCCAUGUGUGUUGUCUUCCUUUUUCACACACUUUUGAUGGUAACUUGAAAAUGGUGAAAUCACCGUCUCUGAACUUGACUAUAACAUGAGCAGCAUUCUUAUGUUAACAUAAUAUUAUAGAUAGGUCAUAAUGUGAACAUUAGAAACUGUUAGAGCCUGCAAUUGCUGCAGUUUUCCACGUUUAUGGAAUUGAUGUUUAAAUAGCAGGGCUAAGGAAUUACUGGGCAAGUUUUAGCCUGUGGGUAAUGCCUUAAUGUUAUUUAAAUAAAAGGUUUGUCAUUUGUGUUUAAAAUAAAUGUUCAUGAAUGUUUGAAACGAACAAAAUUAUCAGGGAUGACUCUUUGCCAUGGGUCUCAUUUUUACCCUCUUUUCUAUAAGAAAAAUAAUGAUGUCUUAGGAAUUUUUCAUUUUUAUUGUACAGUUUGUAAGUAAUCCCAAUUUUA